CACCGACCUUUACAAAAAAAUCAACCAACCGAUCGAUCUCUUCUACACAUCGAGGAAGAAAGACAAAACCGAUUCUCUGCGAAUCCUCUCUCCUUCACGUCUCAAUCCCCAAAAGAACCCUAAUUCUCGUCAAUUCGAAAAACGAUGGGCAAGAACGACUUCCUAACCCCGAAGGCGAUCGCGAAUCGCAUGAAAGCGAAAGGGCUGCAGAAGCUCCGGUGGUACUGCCAGAUGUGCCAGAAACAGUGCCGCGACGAGAACGGGUUCAAGUGCCACUGCAUGAGCGAGUCUCACCAGCGCCAGAUGCAGGUCUUCGGCCACAACCCCAACCGCGUCCUCCAGGGCUACUCCGAGGAGUUCGAGAAGACCUUCCUCGAUCUCAUGCGUCGGAGCCACCGUUUCUCCCGCAUCGCCGCCACCGUGGUUUACAACGAGUACAUCAACGACAGGCACCACGUGCAUAUGAACUCGACUCAGUGGGCCACGUUGACGGAGUUUAUCAAGUAUUUGGGGAAGACGGGGAAGUGUAAGGUGGAUGAAACGCCUAAAGGUUGGUUUAUUACUUAUAUCGAUAGAGAUUCGGAUACUGUUUUUAAAGAGAGGUUGAAGAAUAAGAGGGUGAAGAGUGAUUUGGCUGAGGAGGAGAAGAAGGAGAGGGAGAUUCUGAAACAGAUUGAGAGAGCUAAGGAAGGUGGUGAAGGUAGUAGUGGUAAAGAUGAUGGUGAGGAGGAGGAGAAGAAGAAAGGUGAAGACUUGGGGUUGAAGAGUGGUGUUAAGGUUGGGUUUUCACUUGGUGUUAAGCAGGUUGUUGAGAGCUCCAGCUCGAGCUCGAAACGUGUGUUUGAGGAGGAAGAGAAUGAGAGAGAGGAGGAGGAGGGGAAGAAGAGGAGAAAAGGUGGAGACUUGGAAAAGGAGAGGAGGUCGGCUUUGGAUGAGUUGAUGAAGGAGGAAGAGAGGAAGAAGGAGAGGAUGAAUCGUAAACCUUACUGGCUGUUCCAAGGGAUUGUUGUGAAGGUGAUGAGUAAAGCUCUGGCGGAUAAAGGGUAUUAUAAGCAGAAGGGUGUUGUGAGGAAAGUGGUUGAUAACUAUGUCGGGGAGAUUGAGAUGAUUGAUUCGAAGCAUGUGUUGCGAGUUGACCAGGAGGAGCUUGAGACUGUGAUUCCACAGAUUGGAGGGUUGGUGAAGAUUGUGAAUGGGGCGUAUCGUGGUUCAAAUGCUAGGUUGUUGGGUGUGGAUACGGAGAAGUUUUGUGCUAAAGUGCAGAUUGAGAAGGGUGUCUAUGAAGGAAGAAUCAUCAAGUCCAUUGAGUAUGAAGACAUUUGCAAACUUGCUUAGUUAAUAGUAUAUCUUUAGACCAAUCUUAUCAUGUGUUUACAAUGCCUUGUGUCUUCUUUUGUUGGGUCUGCAAGUGAGUUUCAGACAACUCAACUGUUAGAUAAAACAGAGUGUUUCAAAAGAUUCUGGCUUUUUGGUUCCUUUCAUCCUCUUUUGUCCAGCCAGGCGAACAUGGUUGCAUCCCAUAGGGUCGGAGAUGAUUGGUUUGACUGCAAUUUGUUUCAUGAUUGAUCUUCUCAUGAGUCACCAAAGGUACUGGAGAUGAUUGGUUCUUUACUGGAUUUGUCUUUGAUUUUCAUUGGUUUACUCGAUGUUGUUGUACGUGUGACUACUGUAGUAAACCAUGUGGUGUUUUGAUUCUGCUUUCGCAAACGAACUCCCAAGUUGACUUC